AUGGACGAUGGGGAGGACGGCGAGGAGGAGCCCAAAUUCCAGCAGCCCCGACCCCCUCAAGUCACCACCAGCUGGGCCGGACGCGAGGACCAUGGGAGCGGCGCAGGGACCGAGAUGAAGAAAUCCACGCCAGGAGGCGGAGCCGCGUCCAUUGCGCGCAAAAACUCCAACAGCCACGAGCUGUGGCUCCUGCGAGACCAGGACUCCGCACCUGUCGGUGGCAGCGCAGCCUCUGCUCUGGUGUGCCGGAGGAAUGCCGCUGCUGGACGGGACGCGAUAGCCGAGGGAGCCACCGGUAUGAUAUGCAACAAAAACGGAGACUGUAGAAGGGACCCGACAAGUUCAGGGAGCCUCUCCUCCCUCAUCUCCAGGCAGGAGGCUGCCGAAGACGGGAAGGUGCAGGCUGCGAGCAUGGACGGCUCCAUCACUUCAGCGGGCUCCCUGGCACAGGGCACUGUGGAGAAAAAGGACUCCAGAGUCUCCUUCUCCAACGCCCCGACGGGCAAAGGACAGACUCCGAGUCAGCACUCGAGGAAUUCUGUCACGUUCACCAAAGCCGAGGACGGCUCUCUGAUCGUGCCGGAUGACGGAGACUCCAGGGGCAAUCUGACAUACAUGCAGCGGCAGUUCAGCUCCAUGCUUCAGCCCGGAGUGAACAAGUUCUCCCUGCGCAUGUUCGGCAGCCAGAAGGCGGUGGAGAAAGAGCAAGAGCGCGUGAAGUCGGCGGGCAAUUGGAUUAUCCACCCAUACAGUGACUUCAGGUUCUACUGGGACUUCACCAUGCUGAUGUUCAUGGUGGGCAACCUGAUCAUCAUCCCCGUGGGCAUCACCUUCUUCAAGGAAGAGACCACCACGCCCUGGAUCAUCUUCAACGUGGUGUCCGACACCUUCUUCCUCAUGGACCUGGUGCUGAACUUCCGGACCGGCAUUGUGUUCGAGGACAACACCGAGAUCAUCCUGGACCCCAAGAAGAUCAAGAAGAAGUACCUGCAGAGCUGGUUCGUGGUGGACUUCGUCUCGUCCAUACCCGUGGAUUACAUCUUCCUCAUCGUGGAGAGGGGGAUGGACUCUGAGAUGUACAAGACGGCCCGGGCGCUGCGUAUCGUCCGCUUCACCAAGAUCCUCAGCCUGCUGCGGCUGCUGAGGCUGUCCAGGCUCAUCCGUUACAUCCACCAGUGGGAGGAGAUCUUCCACAUGACCUAUGACCUGGCCAGCGCUGUGAUGCGAAUAUUCAACCUGAUCGGUAUGAUGCUGCUGCUGUGCCACUGGGAUGGCUGUCUCCAGUUCCUCGUCCCCAUGCUGCAGGACUUUCCGUCUGACUGCUGGGUCUCCCUCAACAAGAUGGUGAACGACUCGUGGACCGAGCUCUACUCCUUCGCCCUCUUCAAGGCCAUGAGUCACAUGCUGUGCAUCGGAUACGGGAGGCAGGCGCCGGAGAGCAUGUCGGACAUCUGGCUGACCAUGCUCAGCAUGAUCGUCGGGGCCACCUGCUACGCCAUGUUCAUCGGCCACGCCACCGCGCUCAUCCAGUCUCUGGACUCGUCCAGGCGGCAAUACCAGGAAAAGUACAAACAAGUGGAGCAGUACAUGUCGUUCCACAAACUACCGGCAGACUUCCGACAGAAGAUCCACGACUACUACGAGCACCGAUACCAGGGCAAGAUGUUCGAUGAGGAGAGCAUCCUGGAGGAGCUUAAUGAGCCUCUGCGCGAGGAGAUCGUCAACUUCAACUGCCGUAAGCUGGUGGCCACCAUGCCGCUGUUCGCCAACGCCGAUCCCAACUUUGUGACCGCCAUGCUGACCAAACUGAGGUUCGAAGUCUUCCAGCCGGCAGACUACAUCAUCAGAGAGGGGACCAUCGGCAAGAAGAUGUACUUCAUCCAGCACGGGGUGGUCAGCGUCCUCACCAAGGGAAGCAUCGGCAUGAAGCUCAUGGACGGAUCCUACUUCGGAGAGAUCUGUCUGCUGACCCGCGGCCGGCGGACGGCCAGCGUGCGAGCCGACACGUACUGCCGCCUGUACUCGCUCUCCGUGGACAAUUUCAACGAGGUGCUGGAGGAGUACCCCAUGAUGAGGAGGGCCUUCGAGACGGUCGCCAUCGACAGAUUGGACCGGAUAGGCAAGAAGAACUCCAUCCUGAUGCACAAGGUUCAGCAUGACCUGAACUCGGGGGCUUUCAACAACCACGAGAACGAGAUGAUCCAGGAGAUCGUGAAGUACGACCGGGAGAUGGUUCAGCAAGUGGAUGCGCCGCGACCGCGCGCCAUGUCCAUGACGCCCCCUCUCCACGGCGGGCUCUUUAACUCUCCGGGUCCCUCCGCACAUCCGCAGAAUUCGGCGAUCGGCACUCUGCAGCAGGCCGUGGCCAUGAACUUUUGCACGCCCUUGCAAGGGAACUUGAUGGCGCCGGGGAGCCUGCAGUCGCCCAGGGUGGCGAGGAGAUUCCAGGUGAUGGAGAGCGUGACCGCCGCCAGCCCCGUUUCAGCCUCUCCUCUGCAGUCUCAGUUCCUCGCUUACGGUGCCUUCGCCAGCCCUCCUGUCCAGAGUCCGCUGGCACUCGGAGGACGGUCAUUCCAGUAUGGAUCCGGUGCCCUCGCCGGUCCCGCCUCGGCCUCCCAGCUUUCUCUGGGCCAGCAGCACGUGGCCAGCCCCGCGCUCCAGCCCAGCUCACACAAGAGUACUCACUCCUUGCAAAUGGGCAGUUUAAACCAAGACGCCAGAGCGCUGUCGGCCUCGCAGCCCUCACUGCCUCACGAAGGGGCGCAACCGGGCGCCCCGAGUCCCCCUCAGUCUACACGAGUCUCCUCCACUUCCAUUGGACCCCCUCAGACCCCGUCGGGUCACACGGGCUCCCGGAGCGCUUUACCACAGAGGGUGGUGCUGCCCCAUCAGCUGUCCUACCCCGUUGGGUCCCUGCCAGGUUCUGUGCAGAGUUUUGGGGCUGUCGCAGGGGGUGCAGGAACAAGUCCGGGGGACUCGGGACUACCCAAGAAAGACUCGAUAGUGAGCCUACCGGACACAGACCACAUCGUAAUCAGAUCCAGGCUAUCCUCAAACUUGUGAUCUUAAUGAAACUCUUGUGGGCGAGUGACUCAACGAGGGGCUGGACUGCAGGAACACAGGGGGGCGGGGCUAUCCGAAUGUAUGAACGUUGAGUGACAGCAGGUUAGAAAGUGUUCCGUGUGGCGACUUUUUGAAACUGCAGCAUUGAGAUGUUUCUCCUCCCAGAAAUAGUAGUUUGCACAGUAGGCGUGAAGUAGCAUCUUCUCAUCUUUAACUCCUUUAUUUACUGGAUUCUAGUCAGCAACUUAUGGUCAUAUCUGCUUCACCAUCCUUCUCUGAUAUCAGAGGCCGGAGGUCGUUGGGUUUAACGACCACAUUUCGACAGGAGGCCGCGAAAGAAGACCGUCUCACAAAAGCAUCAUAAUCGUAGUUUUUCGGGACAUUAUGAUGAUGUUCAUCUCGUGUUUCUUUGAGAAUCCCUGUAGAGCAAAAUUUGUACGUACUAAAAUUGAAUAACUAUUUAUUAUCCUAAUAUGUUAAGCCAUAUUUUACCCCAGACGCUUGAUAUAUGGAUAACUGAGUAUAUUUAUAAAUCAAACUGGCAUUUCUAAAAAAAAAAAGAAAAAAAAAAAAAUAUCUUGUUGGCCUAGUCGUCAGAUAAAUAUGUGAACGACGACGACGAAGAACCUCCUUCAUCCUGGAGCUACAGCUGUGGGACGCAUUGCCUGGUUGCCAAGCCGAUGUUUUCUACAUGAAAUAUCUGCACGUUUGUUUAAUUUAAAGCUGCAUCAAUUAAUAUUUUUAUACCGACAGGGAAUCAAAUGACUAAGCUUAAUGUGAAGGGAGUUGCUUGCAGUGAGAAGGACCCCUCAGCUCUCACGGAGCUUUGAAGCUUUUCUUUUUGUAGCUCAAUGUUUCAGAUCCUCUGUACAGUCCCUGACUUAUAACUCAUAAACACGGUUUCCAGUAGCAAAAAAAAAAAAAAAAAAA